AUGUGGAUGUCUGAUGGGGUUCAGGACAGCUUCUCGCGGGUCGCUGACGCAGAGAUGCCGAGUCUCCUUCCUGACUGUGAAGCGUUGGAUCCGGAGCAGGACGCAGGAGUAGAUGAACAAAUAAAUUGGUGGUGGUGGCUGCAAGCGGUCACGCAGAUAGGAAAGAUACACUUUCAACCGAGUAAGCCGCAUUCCAAAAGACUAAAACAUUGUGCUUGGCCAAUAAACAUUAAGUACUUCCAAAGAAAAUGUCCAAACCAAAGGUUUUGGAGCGUCGGGGGGAGCGAUGACUCGGACACGGACCUGCUGCUUGCGACGCUCUCAGCGGAGGAGGUGGAGGAGCUCGAACGGGAGCUCGUUUAUAUCGACCCCGACCCGAAUGUACCGGUGGGUCUCCGCCAGCGGAACCAGACAGAAAAAAUACCAUCCAGAGGAUAUGACAGAGAGGCGAUGCUGGUCUACUGCGAGCGGGAGACCAAGAAACUGAUCCGGAGAGAGCUGAGCGCAGAGGGAGGGGAUGGAAGAAGGAGAGAUCGACUCCGCCGGAUGAGGAGCAGAGAGUUUUCCAGGUCGCAGAGCGGCGAUCCUCCCGACACAGAGAGCAGAAAAUCUGAGAGCGAACAAGAUAAGGAGAGCACAAGAAAAAGGGAGGAUGACUCUAAAAAUGCGUCUGAUGAAGAAGAAAAAGUCAAAGAGCAGAAAAGGGAGGAGGAGAAGGGAGAAAGAGAGAGGACAAGUAAUAAGACAGAAAGUGCAAAAGAGCUUUCCAAGAAAGAAAGAGGAAGUGGCAAAACUUUAGAGCUCAUAUCUAAACUGCAAGAGAAAAAGGAUGAUAAGCAAGAAAGAGGGAGGAAGGAGGAGAAAAAAGUGAGUGAAAACUCCAAAAUACGAGGGUUUGUUUCCAAACUGCAGGGGGAUAAAAGCACUGAAGUCCUAAAAGUAAAAGACAAUAAGGCAGAAGUCAAGAAACAAUUCGAAAGCAAAAAUAAAACCACAGAAGAACCAAAGAGCAACAUCGCUGUGGGACGAAUAAAUCUUAAAGAUGUAGAAACAGAGGAGGGGAAAAGCAGAUUUAAGAAUGCAGAAGAGAGAAGCAGAAGAAGAGACAGAGAAGAAGAGGAUGAGAAACAUCACUCUCAGAAAGAUACAACUAGAAGAGCACAGAAAGACGAUGAAAAAGAAGAAGUGAAACAAUCGGAAAACAGUGAGGUGAAAAAACCUUCCAUUUCUACUAAUAAUAGCUCAUUGAACUCUCACGGCGCGGACGACCGUUCUGUUACUACUACUGAGGAGGAUGAGUCUUUUAGUGAAGAUAUUGACAGUGACACUGGCUCCAGUAUGUUUGAUGACCUUCUGGAGCAGGUUCGCAGCGACGACCCUGAACUAACAGAACUCAAUGUCAAUAACUCAGAUGCCAUUAAGACAGACACCCUGAUACAGUUUGCAGAAGGUCUUCGGAGCAACACUCACAUCAAAACCUUCUGCCUUGCAAACACGAGAGCGGACGAUCACGUCGCGUUUGCCAUCGCUGGCACCUUACGAGAUAAUUCCACCCUGACUAACAUCAACCUCGACUCGAAUCAUUUGACAGGAAAAGGCAUCCUGGCCAUCAUCAACUCUCUUCAGCACAACAGCACGCUCAUGGAGCUGAGGUUUCAUAACCAGAGACACAUCUGCGGAGGGAAGACUGAGAUGGAGAUGGCCAAAGUCUUACGUGAAAACUCUUCGCUGCUGAAGCUGGGAUAUCACUUUGAGCUGGCCGGGCCCAGGAUGGCCAUGACGAACAUCUUGAGCCGAAACAUGGACAGGAAGAGGCAACAGCGACUAGAAGCGCAAAAACUCACUAGACAGGAGUCCGUCUCCACACCACGUGAUAAUAAAUGCUCACCUGAGAAGAAUAAGCCAGCAACAUCAUCCAUCAACACUCAGAAGAAAAACUCUAAAUUUGCUGCCCUUUCAAAAUUCACCUCUGCUCAGGAAACUCCCAAAGCUCCACCCACCAAGCCCACAAACCCCUCCCACAAAGCACUCCCAUCUGAGGUAACAGGAAAGAAAGAAGGAGCAACAGGAAGUCGAUGUGCUCCUCCUCCUCCACCUCCUCCUGGCCCACCGUUAGAUGUUCAGGCCCUGAGGAGGUCGCUGACCCCGAUCUCUCAAAGGAAACCAGACAGCAGUGCAGCUGUCCGACAGACGGACAGAAGCUCCAGGGAUCAGCUCCUGGACUCUAUCAGAAACUGCAGCAUGAACGCUCUCAAAAAGGUUGAGAUUCCUAAGCGGUUGAGAUAGCAUCCGUCCAGUGUACUUGCUUCUACCUUCAGAUUCCCCUGUAGUCGUCCAGUGCCCCAUCAUCAUGGAGGAGCCACUGAAUCUUCAAGAUGAAAUUCCUCCUUAACUGACUCAGACACUCCGAAAUACAGUCAGUUUUGAUUACUCGAUAUCUAACCAUUUGAGGUGGGACACUUUUCCAUCUGAGAGUGAUUUUACCAGGACUGACAGUUAAUCAGUCAACGCUCAAACUGUGAAGGGCAUCUGUUGGGUUGAGGUUUAAGGGCCCCCAGAACAAGAUUUGUCAAAUGAAUCAGAUAAAAAGUUCUUAACUUUUGGCAUACUUUAUAAUAUUCUUACACCUGUCUUGAAGCAGUACAAAUAAUUUCUCUGGCUAGAAUGCAAUAUGCUAAAUAAAUCUCUUAAAUAAUCUUAAAAAAUCCCGAAGUAGCAAUCUGCCUUGAUGUGUUUGUUAAAUAUGAGAUCUGUAAACUAUUCUGAUGCAUGUGAUAUUGUGUUCAAUUUCAUGGCCAUAGAUUUUCCAUUUGAGCUUUUGAGAGAAUGUAGUUCAACUUUCUGAAUUAAAUGAUAUUCACUACUGUUUAAAAAAAUAUUAUAAAACUAAUAGUUCUGGUCCUUGAUUCGUAAAUUACUCUACAAACAUACACCUUUGUUUACGUCUUUGUGUUGUUUGACAACCACUUUGUUUCAACCACAACCGUUUCUGAGGAACUACAUUGUUUGGUGGAAGAAUAAUGUUUUUAUUAA